AUGGCCGGAGGCAACAAGGUCUACACUUUAGCUGAGGUCUCUACUCACAGUGACCGCAAAGACUGCUGGCUCCUCAUUGAUGGCAAGGUAUAUGAUGUAACGAAGUUCUUGGAGGACCAUCCUGGCGGUGAUGAGGUCUUAUUAGCAGCCACAGGAAAGGAUGCAAGUAAUGAUUUUGAAGAUGUUGGCCACAGCAGCACUGCUAGAGCAAUGAUGGAUGAAUUUUAUGUCGGAGACAUUGAUUCAUCAUCCAUCCCCACAAAGAGGGCGUACACUCCUCCCAAGCAGCCUUACUACAACCAGGACAAGACAACUGAUUUCAUCAUCAAAAUCCUCCAGUUCCUCGUUCCCCUGCUAAUUUUGGGUUUGGCUUUUGGUGUCCGCUUCUAUACCAAAACUUCAACAGCGUAA